AUGAUGGUCAUCUACGGGCCCUCCUGGGGCAACGGGACUCGUGGAUAUAACUUCGCCUACGAGCUGUACUGCAACGACGACGGCCAGUCGAUAGUCGGUGACUCCGAGUGGGGCGUCUUCGUCAAGUUUGUGCCUGGGGUUGACAGCGUGGCCUGCUACUCUGGGAUGAGGAGACAAAUUGUGGAAGUUUUUCGCCAGCCCACCUGCGACUCGCAGCGCUUUUCGAUAAUCCAAAACUCGACGUCUUGCCCCGACUUCAGCACGAUGGCGUGGUAUUCACCGAGAAACGGCACCUCGGAGCCGAUCAGCAUCGGGGAGAGCCACAACUUGCGCGCGGGUUGUCAGAAGACGUUAGCAGAGUGGAACUUCCCGCGUCUCGAUCUGGCGACUGCAUUUCCGUACUCUGGUUACACCUGCCGCGCUGACCAAUACCUGAUCCGGAACAACACGGUGAUCCCGUUGAGGCUGUCGCUAUGCGAGGAGACGCAGUGGACUGCCGUUACAAUAGACAACAUCCGUCUCCCAAUCGAUGCUGCAACAGACCGAAUCUUUUGCUCAUGGAUGCCGCUUCACCGGCCCCUGACCUGCCACGACCUGAUCCCAACGUCGGCAUGCCCAUCGAACAUCGCCGAGUACACUUCUGACCUGGCGACAGUCCCCUACUCGGUGCCCGGCUUGGUGCCAGCCAACCCGGAAUGCCUCCAGAAUUACACCAUCUGGCACUACAGUCCGUAUGCCGUGGCCAGUGGAUACUCGAUCCGCUGCUACCAACCCGGUACCGACAUCAACAGCCCGACCCGUGCCAGCUCCAGGAUGUUGAUCCUCGUCGAGGACCAUGGAAAAUACCAUUUGACCCGCACGCUGGGAUGUCGUGCUCAUAUGUUUACCAUGGAUGAGCAGUAUACUGCUCGCUUUACGCCUGAAGCCAAGUUCACGUGCAUCGACACUUUGGCCGCGUACGACUCGAUGAUGACGGCCAACGGCUACAACCCAUCGGUUUGGGAUUGGGAUGCU